AUGGGUUCCUACGAAGAUGCGCAAGCCGUGUGUAAUAUUAUUAAACCAAGAAUUCCAUGCACUCCCAGAGUUGGCAUUAUAUGCGGGUCAGGACUGGGCACGCUUGCCGAAACUGUUAUCGAUCCCGUAAUUAUAAAAUAUGAAGAAAUUAAACAAUUCCCAAGGAGCACAGUUGUUGGCCAUGCUGGAAACCUGGUCUUUGGAAAGCUUGGCGGCAAGUAUGUUAUGGUUAUGCAAGGUCGUUUCCACCCAUAUGAAGGUUACGAUAUGUCCCAGGUCACCCUCCCAGUACGAGUAAUGAAACUUCUUGGCGUUGAAUACAUCAUUGUUACCAACGCGGCUGGUGGUUUGAAUCCAAAGUACAAUGUCGGUGACAUCGUCUUCAUAAAGGAUCAUAUCAAUUUCCCAUCUCUUAGUGGAAAAAAUGCUCUAGUUGGACCAAACGAUGAACGCUUUGGCACACGCUUUCCGUCAAUGAAUAACACAUAUAGGAAAGAUCUGCGAGAACUCGCCAGAAAAAUUGCAAAUGAAAUGAACAUUUCCUCCAUUGUACAUGAAGGUGUUUAUUUCGCAAGCUCUGGGCCAGCUUACGAAACGCCAGCUGAAGCCCGCAUGAUUAGGGUUUUGGGAGGUGAUCUAGCUGGUAUGAGCACUGCUCAUGAAACGAUGGUUGCCAGCCACUGCGGCCUCAAAGUUUUUGCAAUGUCCCUAGUUACGAACAAAGUUAUGGUGGAGGAGGACUCUUCGGCAGUCACUAACCACGCAGAGGUCCUGGAAACAAGCAAAAAGCGAACAGAGACUAUGAAGGAACUAGUAACAAAAAUAGUGGCGGAGAUGGUGUAA